AUGAAUUUGGAACCGAUUAAUAGCGCUUUGUCUCAGCUGCGCGUUCUUCGAUCGAGUGUGGGUCAAGUUUUCGAAACACUGGGAACAGGAGUACGUGUCGAUCAUGGCGAAGAGGGCAAGGAGCAGAAGUUUCUCCAAGAGCUGCAGGAGCUCCUCAAUUCCGUGAAUGCAAAUCUCAAGGACUUUGAAUCCUGCAUAAAUGAUCUGACGCCUUCGCAGACACCGCUAAAUCUGGCAAACUCUGCUUACCUGUCGCUGGAGACAAACCUCGAACGACAAGCACUGUAUCCGCAUCUGGUGCAAAGCUAUAAAUGGCACGACAAACUGCACGAAUAUAGCACAUUCGCCUCGACGUUACUGCAGCAAAACUCAUUGAAACGCUCGUACUACACCAACACCAAACGAAGACGUUCGCUUCCCUCGAGCCAUCUGGCCACUCCGCAAAUGGUGGAAAAUCUGAUCGGAAGCAUCCAUUACAAUAACAUGAACCUGAAGAUUGCGCGUCCUUUCAUGACCAAUGCAAUUUUGCAUAUUACGAUUGCGCGCGUCUUGCGAGCAGCAGUGAUAUUGAAGGGUCUCCUGAUCGAAUGGGUAACGGUAAAAGGAUACGAAGAGUCAUUGCUGGACGGUGUGGAUGAGCAGUGGACUGAAUCAAGGCAUCAAGUGUUUAGGAAGGUACAGGACCAUGCACAUUCGGCAAUGUUGCACUUUUUCUCACCCACUCUACCAGAACUAGCCAUCCGAAGCUUCAUAACAUGGUUCCGGAGCUACGUUACGCUGUUCGCAGAUCCAUGCAAAAAGUGUGGUAAACAUCUUCAUAAUACGUUACCUCCAACAUGGCGCGAUUUGCGAACGUUGGAACCGUUCCAUGAAGAGUGCAAACAGUAG